UCGCAUCUCUAUGAGGUGUGGUGUGCACUUCCCGCCGCGGAGUCUGUUGACACGAGGUAAACGGCUGCACAACCCACCGCCGUCACCAACCAUCAACCACCUGUCAUGCACUCGUUAUCCGGCCUGGUAUGUCGUUCGCUGCCGGAUGACGUCGGUCUCGCUUCCUCCUUCGGGCUUGUCUUCUGCAUCUCGCUGCAUCGUUGGAAAUAAUUGAGGCUUGGAAGUGUGAGUGGAUCACCAGCAAUACGGCGCGACCGGCUGGAGCACCACAGCGCAUCGCAGCUUUCCAAUCGGCACGCGGGGUAUUGGAGAGGCUUGCAUUGGAUCGCCCCAGAUGCCCCCUUGCACGCAGAACGGUGAACCCUGAAAACGAGACGACAAGAAGGACGCGAGACAUGCGCCGGGCCAGUUGGAUGCCUGUGCGGCCCGCCGUUCUUUGCUAGGCGAUUCUCUGACUGGUCGCCCGUGAUCGACCGCCGCCAUCGUUCAACCACACUUGGACGCACUGGGAAUUGGUCGAAUCAACUCGACAAUCAAUUGCCCACUGGUGUGCUGUUGCGGGCGGGGAUUUAUACCAAGGCUCUCUCCCACCUGCUGGCUCUGAUUCCGACUAAUCCCACAUCAAUGACCAUACAUGUUGCCGAAUCUUUCGCUGUUGUUUUACCACGGGCAAAAAGAAAGAGAAAGAGGGAAAGAGGGACACAUACACAGAGAGAGGGAGUGUGUGCGUGUGCGUGAAGGCCAACGUUCUCCUUUUCGGGAAGAGUUCCGGAUCUCUGAACCAACUUGAGGACGAACCCCUUUUCCGACAAACGCACUCCGCCAUGGGCGGCGACGACAGACGAGCAAGUCUCUCCAGCAUGGAGCAGACCGGCAAGAAAUCCAAGCUGGGAGCUGUCUCGGGCGUUUACAUACCCGUCUGCCUCAACAUAUUCAGCAUUCUCAUGUUUCUCCGUUUCGGCUGGAUCCUCGGCCAAGUCGGGCUCCUGGGCAUGCUUGGACUGCUGGUCACGGCCUACCUUGUGGACUUUCUGACGACACUCUCGUUGUCUGCUAUAGCUUCAAACGGCGAGGUCAAGGGCGGGGGCGCCUACUAUGUCAUCUCGAGGUCUCUCGGCCCCGAGUUUGGCGGUUCCAUUGGCGUGCUGUUCUAUCUCGCCCAGGUUCUCAAUACUGCCCUCAACGUCGUCGGUCUGAUUGACUGCAUCAAAUUGAAUGUUGGAGAGUCCUUCCCCCAGGGAUACUGGACCGUCUAUCUUCUCCAGACCUUGGCCUUGCUGCUCUGCGCCGGAUUGUGCCUCGCGGGGAGCGGCACGUUUGCCAAGGCCAGCAAUGCGCUGCUUGUCAUACUCACGCUUGCCAUCGUUAGCAUCCCCAUAUCUGCCGCUUUCAAGUCUCCAUUCCACGAUAGUGAGCUAGGCGUGCGCUUCACCGGGUUCAGUGUCGAAACGUUAGUCGACAACUUUGCCCCUCACACAAGAAGCGAGUCGUAUAAGGGGUUCGAAACUUUCCGAGAGGUUUUCGCCAUCUUGUUUCCCGCAACGUCAGGAAUCUUUGCAGGCGCUUCGAUGUCGGGAGACUUGCACAACCCCAGCAAAGAUAUCCCGAAAGGGACUCUCUGGGCAAUGAUGACCACCUUCAUUGCGUACCUUGUUGUAGUCUUCUCCAUGGCUGCCACCACGACGCAUGCCUCGUUUCUGAACAACACAAACAUCAUUUCGGUCACAAGCUUGUCAAUGCCGCUGAUUCUUGCCGGGGAGUGCGCUGUCACUUUUUUCUCUGCCGUCAUGGGACUGAUAGGGGCGGCCAAACUUAUGCAAGCACUGGCGAGGGACAAGCUGCUCCCGGGCUUGCUGCCCUUUUCCCGGGGCACGAAGAAGGCCGAUGAACCAGUCCAAGCAAUUCUCCUGACCUAUGUCCUUGCUCAAAUUGCCAUGUUCGCAAAUUUGAACCAAAUUGCAACUCUCAUUUCCAUGGGUUACCAGAUGACAUUCUUUGUCAUGAAUCUGGCCUGCUUUCUACUCAAGAUAGGCUCGGCCCCUAAUUUCAGGCCAGCUUUCAAAUUUUUUAGUUGGGAGACAGCCUUCGCUGGGAGUAUCAUGUCUGCGGCGGCCAUGUUCUUCAUCGACCAGACAUACGCGGCUACCGCAGUUUGCCUGCUCGUCUCCCUCUUCUGCCUGAUUCACUACCUUAGUCCGCCCAAGCGCUGGGGUGACGUAUCGCAGAACCUGAUAUACCAUCAAGUGAGGAAGUACCUCUUGCGAUUACGACCCGAGCACAUCAAGUUUUGGAGACCACAGAUCAUCCUACUCAUCAACAACCCGAGAAGUCAAACCCGACUGAUUCAGUUUUGCAAUUCGGUCAAAAAGGGGGGUCUGUACAUACUCGGCCAUGUCAUUGUGACGGACGACUUCAAUAGCGGCGUUCAUGAAGCAAGGCUCCAGCAGGCGGCGUGGACCAAGUACAUCUCGGAAUUCUCCCGGAUCAAGGCAUUCGUGCAAUUAACAAUGUCCCCAACCAUCACCUGGGGCAUCCGGAACCUGAUUCUGUCAGCCGGACUGGGCGGUAUGCGGCCAAACAUUGCCGUCAUGGGGUUCUACAACAUGGAUGAGCUCCGAAGCUCGCGUCCAUCGGUUCAGGUACCCAAACCUCCCAGCCCAACCGCUCCUAACGUCCAUCGCCCACCAAAGACCAAGGAAAGGCCUGUACGAAGGAGGCGAGGUGACACAUCGGCGCGUCUGAUGGACGGGUUCCUUCCUACGGACGUUAUCAAGACCGAGGGCAUGAUGAGCGUGACCAGCUACAUGACCAUGCUGGAAGACCUGGCUUUGAGGUAUAAGCUCAAUGUCGCUAUCGGGAAGGGUUUUGAAGAACUGGAGACCCCACGUAAGGACAAUGCCAACAUCAAAAGACAUAUUGAUCUCUGGCCGAUUCAAAUGUCGGCCGAGGUCUUGUCUGAUGGUAAAAGUGUUCUCACAACUAAUUUUGAUACAUAUACUCUGAUUCUCCAGCUCGGCUACAUCCUCUACAGUGUCCCUACAUGGCACAAAGUCUACAACGUCCGCGUCAUGGUGUUCGUGGAAUACGAAAGCGAGGUCGAGGAGGAGAGAGCGCGUGUCAAGGCAUUGCUUGACAAGCUACGAAUCGAGGCCGAGGUCAUCGUCUUCUGGCUGGCUUCCGGAAAUCUGAACACCUACGAGCUGAUUAUCAACGGGCAGUCCAAUGAUAUCGAGUCCCAAAUCAUGGUUCACGACAUACUCAAGGAAGAAGAGUGGUGGGAUGACCUUCAGAGGUUCCGAGGUCGAGAGCCAAACCUGGACUCGACAGAGGAGCUCACGUCUUUCGCAAACAUCAUUGAGUCCACGGCUGGACGUCCUGGUGUUUUCAACCCCCACGUGCCAUUGGAGGACAUCGAAUCUGGACGGCGUCCAAGUCUGGUGCACUUUGGAGAGAUCCCUAGAAAGCCGACAGUCUCCAACCUUUCUCGACUGGGCGUCAGUGUUGGUAUUCACACGUCUCACCUGGGAGAUGAGAUCUUUGAAGAAGAGUCCAACUCGGACGGCGAAAUCAGCGAACAGGAACAGCAGCCGUCCUGUCUGGAUUCCGACUCCGAAUUCGAAAACGGCGACGGUGAGUACAGCGACGAUGAGAUGCCCGAAUUCGAAGCUCCACGGCGUCCGUUGUUAGCCGGACAGGGACGGGGGCGAGGGCGAGGGCGAAGCCAGAGCGACGACUUGCUCAUGGGCUCUGCCAAACAACGACGUGGUGUGUCGAGCAAGAGCGCCGCGCCGGCGACGGACUACGGGACCAUGGUGUCGCAGGCCAGGGCCGAAGGACAGUCGGGAACAAGCCACAUUGGACCUGUCGACAACAUUUCGGCGCCUCCUACCCCGCUUGAACGACCCGUGUUGGAUCGCAACAUCACUGCCCGCUCUCUGGGCGGGUUCCGGUCGGCAGGUGUAAAAACAUACUAUGAUGCGACGCCGGGAAGCGCAUCUGGAUACGCAACCCCCGCAAGGCCGACACUGUCUCGGCAAUCGUCCGCGGUGCGCUUCUCGAGUCGGCCGGUGCCGGAAACGAGGACGGAUGUCGAAGGGACAUCAGGACCAACCAUCAUGUUCGCGGACACCACAGAAGAAGAGACACCGAGAGCGGAACAACCCGCCUUCUCGAGGCAGACCUCUUCAGGACGGGUCCCCAGUCGCCCCGUGCCCGAGAUGAAGGUGACGGCGGCUGACGAGCCCAGCUACCCGACCAGUACGUUUCCGGAACCUUCGUGCAGAUCGCGCAAAGCUUCCGUCGCAUCUACAGCCGAUCCUGGCUAUGUCCACAUGAACAUGGCGGAGCUUGUGGGACGCUAUCGAUUAGACUCGAGAGUCGACGGGUCCGGAGAGGGCUCGCCUUACUCAACCCAAGGCAUUGCACUCUCGUUCAACGAUCUGCCGUCUCGCGCCCAGCACGUCAUCCUCAACGAGCUCAUGCGGCAGAACAGCAAGGACACGGCCGUGUUGUUUACCACACUGCCCGUGCCCACCGAGGGAACCUGCCAUGACGAGCAAGCAAGCGUGCAGUAUCUGUCGGAUAUCGAGGUUCUGUGCCACGAGCUCCCUCCCGUCAUGCUAGUCCUGAGUAACAACAUGACUGUCACGGUUGGGCUCUGAUAGCCUCUGGGUACUCGAGGUGGGGAAGUGUCUUGGAACCGGCGAGGGAUAUACAACAUGAUACGAUCGGGUCUAAUUGUACGCGGGGGUGGUUCAUAUACUUUGGCGUUUAAAUUUUAUUCGAGUGUCGCCUUGGGACGGG